AUGGAAUCGACUUCGCCUUUUCAGACACUUCCUGUGGAACUUAUCUAUCGUAUGCUUGAUUUACUCGAUGCAAAAGAUAUUCUAUUUUCAUUUGGUCAUGUCUGCAGACGAUUUUAUACAAUUGCUCAUAAUUACAAUAGUUUAUCGAUUAAGUUUACAUAUGAUUCACCUAUCGCUGAUAUUCGACGACUGUGUCGAGUUUUAAAACCAGAAAAUAUCGUUGUACUUUCUUUAAAAAAUUCUCUCUACAGAUCGAAAAAUAAUGCAAUUCAAUUAUUUUUGCGUUGUACCUUUAUUUGUCAAAUGACUCGACUUCGUUCAUUGUCGAUUGGCGAUGUUGAAGAAUAUGAUCUGCAGACAAUCAUGCAUGUCCUCAUCACAACGUCCACUCUUACAUCAUUAUCGUUGAAAAUGAAUAAAAUAAAAAUUCUAACUAAUGAUUCUAUUGUCCUACUUUCAGCGAUGGUUGCAAUACCGAGUCUUCAUAAAUUGACCCUUGUUGUUGAUAGAAAAAUAAUCGAUCAAAUAUUGUGGCCAAAUCCAUGUACAAUACAAGAAUUAAGAAUCCGAACAUGUACGGACGAAAAUUUGUUUAAUAUUCUUCAUCAGUUAUCGAAUCUUCGAAUUUUUGGAAUGAAUGAAUUUAAUAUCCAAAGUAUCAAUCAAAUUGUACAAAGAACCUCAUAUUAUCAAUUGACUUCAUUUUCUUUCAACUAUAUUUCCAUAUCAAUCGAUAAAAUUGAAUUUUUACUAUCGUUUUUUCCAUCUCUUAUUCAUCUUAAACUUACAACUAAAGCGAUUCAAUCAUAUGAUUUUGGAAAACGUUUCUCUCAAUGGGAACAGGAACAUUUUAUCGGUGAAAAAUUACCAUUACUUCAAAAAUUUGAUUUUGAUAUUUCUUUUAUGUGUGAUAACAACCUAAAUCUUGAAUCUAUUUUGACUCCGUUUUGUACAUCAUUCUGGCUCGAAGAGAAGCAUUGGUUUGUCACCGCUAUAUAUAGACAUGACAAUUGGGGUUCAAUUCUUACGCUUCAAUCAUCUAUAUUUUCAACAGAAAUAUUUCCUAAUAAAUUGAGCAGUAAUGCAGUAUCAUAUUCGGCUACGACGAGAAGAAGUGACAAUGCAUUGAAGAGAAGCAAUGACUGGAAUUUACGAAUUAAUUUAUCGUGGAUAUCUAUGGUAAAUAUAAAAUGUUUAUUAUGA